GACGUUUAUGUAGCAUAAAAUGGGCUACGAUCUAAACGUCAAAAAGUGACAUUUCGUUAGCGGGAAAAAGAAUUUCUUGGUCUGUAAUUUUUUACGUAUCUUGACAUUUUUAAACUUUUGUAAAUAAUAAAUUUAGUGGUAUGAUAUCUGUAGAUAGCAGCAAAAAGCUCCAAGAUAAGGAAAGCACCGGUGAAAAUAGAUCAGAAGAGUAUCCAAGAAUACCUAUUUUAUUAUUGGAUGGGCCUAAAGAAUGGACUUAUACUAUGAGAAGAUGUAUGCAGAAAGUGAUACCUGGUUUGUAUCUCGGACCAUACAGUGCUGCAAGUCGAUCCAAAUUAGAAUCUCUGAUUGAACACGGUAUCACUCAUAUAAUCUGCGUUAGACAGGAUAUAGAAGCACAUUUUAUACGGCCAAAUUUUCCGGAUAGGUUCAAAUAUCUGGUAUUGAAUAUAGCCGACACUACCACGGAAAAUAUUAUCCAACAUUUUAAAAAUGUUAAAGAAUUUAUAGACGAAGGUAUAAAUUCUGGUGGUCAAGUUUUAGUUCAUGGUAAUGCAGGAAUAUCAAGAUCGGCGGCAUUAGUUUUAGCAUAUUUAAUGGAAACAUAUGGACUUUCACAAACUCAUGCGUAUACCCUAGUACAACAAAGAAGAUUUUGUAUAAAUCCAAACGAAGGAUUCAUGGCACAAUUAAGAGAAUACGAGCCUAUAUAUAAAGCGCAAGAAACAUUGAGAAAUGGUCAACAAAGUUCGAUAAGGCAACGAAGCAAACGAACGAUUCAUCAAAUGGAUAUUGGACGAGUAGAAGAUCGAACGAAUACAAUGGACAGUUGAUAGCAACUAACUACUGAAAUAUGGAUUAAUACAAAAACAUUUAAUCCAAAUACAUCGGUAAUUAAAGUACUGAUUGUAAUAUAUUUUGAAUUUAAACAAUAAAACGAACUAAAAUUAUUUAAAAAAGAAAAACAAAUUUUGUUUGUUUAACUUUUAAAUACAUCUUCACGACUGACAUUAAUGGCAAAUGAUGAAAAUAUAUAAAUAAUAACAAAUUUUUUCGUUAAUAUUAACAAAUUUUCAUGAUAUAUCGAGUAACAUUUCUGUACAUCAAUGUUAUCAGAUUGAAAUAUAGCCGUAUUAAACA